UGCUGGUUUCAACUUCCUGUUUACCACUUGUUUCUUGAGACAGAUCACGGAUUUCAACACUUGCACAUUCGUGUGAUUUUGAUCGAGAACAACAAAUACGCAUUUGAAUCCCUGCAGCUACGGAAUUAAUCGUUUAGGAAACGUUCAUAUUUUUUGUCAUCUUUGCCUAGCGGAAAUGAAGACGUGACAUUGAGGAAACGCGUGACUAGGCCAGGAGUCCUUGAGAUUUCCUGAGGCAGGCCCCCGGACUACAUGAUUGAAGCUCGUAACGUUAGUAUUACUCUGUCAACACCAAACAUACGCGUGAUGAGGGCAAGGACUACAAACAAGUCAGCUGGGUGAUUGUCUGCAUUACAUUUUAAAGGCUAACUUUUGGUAAUGUGGUGGUUUUAUCUUGGAGCGUGGAUACGUUCUAAAAUGAGCUAAGUUAACUAGAUAAAGUUAGCUAACGUUAGUCAACCAAAUCCACCACCUCCGGCUUAGUUAGCCACGUUAGCUACAGCGUUCUUGCCUGGCCAGUUUUGCCUGGAAAGUUUAGCUAGACGUCCUUGUUUGUAGAGGGUUCCAACCCGGCGGUGCCCUGCAUUCAGGGAAAAUACCCGGCCCCGGCCCCUUCAAGCGGGCAGUCAGAAAUAAACUGGCUGGGAAGGGAUGGCCUGGUGGCUCUUCCCGUUCCCAAUGUGCUGCGGUGUUUGAGGGCGGACGAGUUCGGAUAGAGCCCAAGGUGGGUCGCGGCACGAUGAUGGCUGCAUCCCCGUCUGUGUCUGGGAGCCUAACGGCCUCCGGACUAACGUUGUCCGGCAGAAAGAGCGAAGAAAUAGCGGAUUUGAUAGAUUUGUUUUCGAAGACACAGUACAGAGCGAAAGAAGUCUCCCGACGGGUCGAGACGAUAGAGAAGCGUUGCUUGGAACUCUUCGGUCGAGACUACAAGUACAGUGUCAUCCACAACACCAACGGCGAGGUGUGUGGCCACUACCCACAGCAGAUAGUCUUCCUGGAGUAUGAAAGCACUGAGCUCCAUAAAGACAGAUUUGAGAGCACGGUCCAGAUCACCAAGCUGCAGGACCUGGUGAACCGCAGCAAGAUGGCCCGCUGCCGAGGGAGGUUCGUCUGCCCAGUCAUCCUCUACAAUGGCAAACAUAUUUGUCGGUCGUCCACUUUGGCAGGCUGGGGGGAGCUAUACGGACGCACCGGCUACAACUACAUCUUCUCCGGGGGUACUGAUGACACGUGGGGGGCAGAGUCCGAGCCAGAGGUUCCAGAGGACGACAGUGUGAGGAACGGGGACUCUCAGCUCUUUGACAAGGUGCGGGGUCUGGACAUCAAGCUGCUGCGCUACCUCUCCGUGCGCUACAUCUGUGACCUCAUGGUGGAGAACAAGAAGGUUAAGUUUGGCCUUAAUGUCACCUCGUCUGAGAAGGUGGAUAAGGCCCAACGCUAUGCGGACUUCACCCUGCUCUCUGUGCCUUACCCGGGGUGUGAGUUCUUUAAGGACUACAAAGAUCGAGACUACGUCGCUGAGGGACUAGUAUUCAACUGGAAUCAGGAUUUUGUGGAUGCUCCUUUGACAAUCCCUGCGUGCUUUACCAAGAACUUGAAUAUAAACUGGAGUGAAUAUCAGUCUUGGGACCUGGUCCAUCAGACCCAGAACUACCUGAAGCUGCUGCUUCACAUCAUCAACAGCGACGAUCAGAGCGGUCUCCUGGUUCACUGCAUAUCCGGUUGGGACCGGACGCCUCUUUUCGUGUCCCUCCUGCGGCUCUCACUGUGGGCAGAUGGUGCCGUCCACGCCAGCCUGGAGCCUGCUGAAAUCCUCUAUCUGACAAUCGCCUACGACUGGUUCCUCUUUGGUCAUAUGCUGCCUGAUCGCCUCACCAAAGGAGAGGAGAUUUUCUUUUUUUGCUUCAAUUUUUUGAAGCACAUUGUCUCAGAGAAGUUCUCUGCCAUGAAGAAACAGAGGAGGAAAAACUCUCAUUUCAAAGACACUGAUUUCACAGUGGACGACCUCUGCAAGUUGAAGUCCAGGGAGUCCAGGGGCAGCGUGACCAGUUUGAGCAGUGACUUCUCUCUGAUCACGGAGGACGCGGGCGGAGCCUCCAGCCUCACCAAUGAGGCCGUGGACCUGUUCUCCGGCCAGCCUCUGGGAGCCUCCAGCUGGAGGAAGGGACACACCUCGUCCCCCCAGACGGUGCUGUGGAACCGGCCCGACCCCAUGCAUGAGCGUCUGGCCCAUCCCCUCAGCCAAGAGGCCAAGUCUUCCAGCUCCUCCUCCUCCAACCAAUCGGAGCAGGGCUUCACACGCGCCGGCAGCAGUCCUAUGUCUGUGCCUGGGAGAAGGCUGGCGGCGGAGUACGCCCGAUCCGGCUCCUCCCUCUCCACGGACUACGGCAGCUGGCAGCUCGUGUCGGGCUGCGGCUCCAUCCACGACCAUGGACAGGUCGCCACCGCCGCCGCCAACGACUCGCCCCUCCCCUUUAGCUUCCAGGACGAGGGGCCCAGCGGACGCAUGUGCCCGUCCCCCUCGGAGCGUCAGGUUCGUCUGGAGGCGGUGAGGGAGGUGUUCCUUGCAGCCUACAGCUCCACUGUGGGCCUGAAGUCCAGCGCGCCCAGCCCCUCCGGCGCCAUCACAGGCCUUCUGGAGCAGUUUGCCCGUGGCGUUGGCCUCCGGGGCACCAACAGCAUCAUCUGAUCUAGGAUUAUGUCACCCACUGCAAAUGUGAAAUCUGGGCCCGUGGUUAUCGUAUUCAUAAAGCGUCUGAGUAGGAGUUCUGAUCUAGGAUCAGUUUUUCCUCUUAGAUCAAAAUGAAUACAAUCAUAUUGACAGGCAUGACCUGAUUCUAGAUCUACCCUCCUACUGUGAGGCUCUUUGUGAAUAUGUUCCCCUCCCCCUCCUUCACCUCCCUUCCGCUUAACCCCGUCCUGUAACACCUUGUGGUUGAAUUGCGAUCCACGAUCAGUGUUCAUUUUGUCGGGGAAAGCCACAUCCUGUUUCGUAUGGACUCUAAUAAAAUAAAAAGUGCAAGUUUCUCUACUCUAUCCAGGUGCUGAAGCGUCUUAAAAAAAAGCAUUUUAUAUAUAUCAACCCCAGAUUAAAAAAAAAAAAAAAAAAAAAUCUCUUUCCAUUUUUUAAUUAUUUUUUUAUUCAUGCCUUCCAACUUACUCUCUGGACUUUUGCCUUUUUUUGUUUGCACAUUUCUGUCAAUUCAGGGAGUGGUUCGGGGGGGAUAACAAUGCCAGCCACAGUAUCAAAAAGGGACAGCUGGCCAUUGAAUAAAAAAAUGUGCAGUGUGGUUUAGAACAAAACUUCAUUUUAUCUUUGUGGUUGGUGCUAAGAACGUGGUCAGAGUACAAUGGACUUUUUACACGGAGAGCUUUUUAUGUGGAGUUCUUCCUUUUCUGUUUUUAAAAUAAUUAUUUUAGGAUUCAACGUGCUGAUCGUCCUAAAUGGAGGAGACCAACCUUCUCUUUUCUUCAGUGACUGAACUCAUGAAAGCUGCUAUUCAGUGCUGAAUCAAGCGGAAGCAUAACUCAUAUCAUUGUAGUGGAUACUGUGGUUUACAUACAAAUGGCACUAGUCAAGUGUGUCAGGGCAAAAGAAAUAUGUUUCUUUUUAUAACCUAAUUAGGCGUAGAAAAGUCUGUCAAGCUGGAUGUAGAAUGUAAUAUGUUGAAUCCUAAAACACCAUCAGUGCAAACCUUUAUGAGCCGAUUUUUAGAAUUGGUUAAUUAUUUUUAAUAAUCAAACUUGUGGUCAGAUAAGUCACUUAUGUGCAGACUUAAAGCAAAGAUCAGUUUAGCAUUGUCGCCAUACAAAACAUUUUUAUACAGUCUUCCUAUGUUUUUAAAUUGAUUUAAACCGCACAUACACACCAUUAGACUGGUCCCAGAUCUGUUUGUGCUCUCUUGCCCGACUCCUACGGUUGUGGCGUGAACCAAUCUGGGAUAAAGCUACACCAUCAUUACUGGUGCUUAAGACUGCAAGCCAGGAGAAGCCAGUCCCAUUGCUGGGCUGUGUUAGGUAUUUUAAGGUGCUUAUAUUUGAGCCCACUUCUGACAGCUAUUCAUACGGUCAGUCACUUCAUCUCUCAACUUUUGUCUCUCAGUUUUGUGACAUGACGGCUCCAAGCCACACCGCUUUCGGUCUUUGUUAUUGCUGUACGUAAGUUUAUGGCCUCGUUCCAGGCUGACUACAUUGCAGUAGCCAGUUCUCCCAACACAUGGAUAGGUGUUAAACAUAUUGACUUACUGCAUGAGCUGCUCUAGCAAUAUGAAAGACAUGGCACAGAACCAUUGGUUGAUGUGAGCAGCGCGACUGCAAUAUAGGCAGCCUGGAACACAUCUCUUUCUGUGACUUGUUCAUGCAGCAAUAGAGCGCUUUCAAGUGAACUUGGGGCCUACUUUGGAUUAGUUCACUGCCACUGAACAAUGGGCCUUUCAGAUCACGUGGACAAGACUUUGGCCGCGUUACAGACCGACUACAUUGCGGUUGCCUGCCAGAUCUCACAACGCCUGGAUAGGUUUUUAACAUACAGCUAACCGCAUCAUUUGAUAUAGCAAUCUGAUGGUCGGCUGCUAAGUUGGUUGCUGCAUGCAGCACGACUGCAAUGUAGUCGGCCUGGAACGCGACCAUGAGGGAGGUAGCGAUUUAUGCAGGAAAAUGGCAGUGUUGUGGCGUCAUUGCGUCAAAAGAGAUUUGUUUGAGGCAGCACUUACUGUGAUUUGUUUAGCUUGUUUGCAACGCCAAAUGGUUUUGACGGCUGCUGUACUGUACCUCAGGACCUUUUGUUGUGCCUUUUCAGCGGUAGCAGUGGAAGAGAUUCACAUCUUUUUUUUUAAAACCUUUUUUUCCCGAAGUAGUUUCUGUUUCUUAUACAGUUAAAGAGCUUGUUUUUUAAAUGCUUUGUGAGAAUCCACAACUAAGAGCUAGCUCCUACACUUUAAAACACAUAGUAUUGGUCAGUUGAAAGGCAAGCUAAUGGCUUAAUCCUUCAAUCACUUGAAUGCAAAAUGAUUUGUAUUUGUUCAGUCUUUGUUCAAUAAUGUUUGUCUAUGGUCAAUGGCAAUUGAUCAUAAUGUACAAUAUUGUUUCUGCAAAGUCUGUUGGUGUGAGAUCUUUCUGUCAAUCAGUUGGGUUUAAGGGGAGAUGUGGAGGGGUGAAGGUUCAGGGAUAUCGGUGUGAGAAGUUACCUUUUUUUUAUAGAGUACUCUCGCUUGUCAAUCAGUGUGCAGACUGAUGUAGUAUUGGGACAUCUGGGUUUAACUCAUUUGUACAUUCUCUGUCUUUGUUGGAAGCUUACCUGGUGACUUUCUUUCACUUGUCCAAUCCUUUAAAAUCAAAGGAAACUACUUUGGGCCCUUUCACCUUCCCUGAUUAUAACACAUCUGGAUGAAUUUGAGACAAUUUAGCAAAACAUUUUUUUUAACGACAUCACAUCCUGAUAUCAAACUUCGAUAUGAUUUACCACACCAGAGAAACUAUUGAAAACCGGCAUGUCCAUGGUAGGAUACAUUGUUGACACUUGGGUCUAUUCCUAGGUCCCUGUUUGUAGGCAAAAGGCAGGCUGCCAGGCCCAGAGCCCCUAGACGAUUUGCAGUUAAUACAUUCCUCUCAAUUCACACUUUUCACUGGGUACAUUAUUUACCUUUAGGAUUACGCAAGCACCUCACGUGAUUGUUCAACUCAUCCAUGUUUUUGCAUGUAAUUUCCCCCAACUAAUUGGAACUAGUGGAAUAUAUAGUACAUGGAUACAUUUUUCCUAAAUUAACCUUCAUUUUAGUAUGAUUAUUUUCUUUUGAUUUUACAGAAAUGCUGCAUUGCACUCAUCUUCCUUAUUGUCUGUGUAAAGAGAUUGACACGUCAUCUUCGAGUUGAGUCAUUUAAGUAAUUUUAUCUUGUUUUUUGUUUUAAAUUGCUCUUAAUACUCUCCAGAGAGAGAGAAUCGGCUACAUUGAAAGGUGAAUUGAUAUGCAGGUGGUUAUUAUGAAUAAAGAAAAACAAAUAAAAAAUGUAUGUACAAUCAUUUCCACCCUGAAUCAUUGGUCUUAUAUUUUAGGCUUUAUAAGUGUUGUGACUUCCUUCAUUAAUCUGAUGACUUAAUUUUUUAAUCCACUAACUGUUUAAUUUUUACCUGAAUAAAUUAAUCAUGUAACAAUUAACUCAUUAGGAUUUGGGGCACCACGGAAGAAGUUGCUUAAAGAUUUACCAUUUCCAGAAUUAAACUACAUAUAUACAGUU